AUGCGAAUCUUAGAUGCAGGGCAGAGUCAGAAGAGAUUAGCGUCAGAAAAGAAACACCAGCAGGAUGGAGAAUCGGUCAAAGUGAAUUGGAAAGAACUAACAGGUUAUGAUAUCCUAAAAACCUUGAUAAAGUGGAUAGGCCUGAUUAUGUUAAUUGAGUUGGUAAUCUAUGUGAUUGCAUUACCUACUAAAGCUUCUCAAUUAGCAUCAACGAUGCUAAAGCUGAUUGUUCUCUUCUUUUUGUUUAUUUGCAUUAUGGUGUUGUUAUAUCAAUGGAAUGAACAGAGAAAGGAGUGUGUUGCGUUGUAUAAAGAAAUUUAUUGAGCCAUAUGUUCAUUAUAGGUGGAAGGAGUGUGAAUAGAUGUAAAUUGAUAUAUUAUUCUGUAAACAAUGCCAAAGUAUAU